AUGGCUGGCCAGAACCCUAUUGCCCACUGUCUUGAGCGAUUAUUCCUUGCUGAUGAUACUGUACUAGCAGAAAAGGCUGAACACUUCCAAGGAUUAUGUUCAACACGCGUUCCUAGCAAAGUGUUUGGAAAAGGCCCUAAUUCCAAGCCAGUAAUUAGCAUUCAUCUUGCCUAUGAAAAUCUAGGAAGACAUGACUGGGAUAGCAAGCUUGCAGCUGAACUUGCAGGCUGUAAACCAGCCGUGUAUGAUACUGCUGUGAGUCUGACUCGAAAGCAUCUUGGGAUUGUACCCGUUGUUUCCUUUGAAUCUUUGACUGUAGCGUUGGGAUGCACGACGAUGAUCAAGCAAGUGGAGAGCUUGUGGGAUAGCUUCCAAGAAUCAUAUCUAGGAAACUUGAGUGUAGCCAAGAAACUGAGUGCCAAAGAAGAAUUGUCGCAGCCAGUGUGGAAGGGUGCGAUUGUGUAUGCGUGCGCAAAGGCACUUGGGGAAAGUGUCACCAAGGCCCCACUUCAAUCUCUGUGUUCAUGCAGUCUUCCUGAACUCACAAAAUGUAUUAAGGUCGUUACUGAUGUAGCAAAAAAAGCAAUUGAAGAGCUCAAGAGUCAGUCAACCAAGGCUUCUCGAACACCACGUACUACUGGAAAGAGAAGAAUCGGAGAAGACGAGGAUGUGGUAGAGGAAACGCCAGCUGCAAAGAAAGUAAAAAUGCCUGGAACCAAGAAAGCUCUUUUUGGGCGUCUCAAGAGAACAGAUAGCAAGCAAGCACCAGCUACUAAAGAGUACAAGCCAAUCUCAGGAAUUGUUUCUAUGAUUAACAGACAAGAUUAUCGACAAACACGUCGCUACAGGGACUACAUCCAAUGGAAGGAUUCACUUAUUGCAAGAUUGUCAAACUCUACAACAACCAUUGAAUAA